AGGUUUGAAAGCGCGAAUAUCCGUCGAAUAUCCAACUUGAAACUGUCUUUACCUCUGUUGUCUUAUCUUAUAUUUUCAUUCGCUUUAAUAAUGUAGCGAUAUCGCGGAUAUCGCGGACAUCGCAACAAUAAGAUACAUCAUUGAUAAGAACACAUUUUGGCCAGGACAGCCCACAUCUAGGCAUAUAAUAAAACAUUUGCUUAUUAAUUUUAGAAACUAAAUCGCGAAUUUGCUUGAACACCAUAAAGUGGGCGGGAUAAGAGGCGUGCACAUUUUUCAUGUUUAUUUUUGGCAUCCAUAUCCGUUCCUCAAUCUAAUCGAUUUGAAAAAUUAAUUUAAAACGGUUCUUUACAAAACUCUGCCAGCCUUCAUAAGUAUAAGCUGUAGCUCUCCGCUCGCAUUUCACCAAAAUGCAGGCCAAUGGUAUCUCCAACGUAAUUUUACCAGAAGUGAAGGACCUAGGGAGAGCGCUGUGCAUCAUCACCGGGGCGUCCAAAGGAUUUGGCCGAACCAUAGCGAAAGAGAUUUCCCUGUUGCUCAAACCGAGGUCGGUGCUUGUUUUGGCGGCUCGCUCCGAUGAGAAAUUGCGGGAACUCCAGACAAAUUUGGCUUCGUCGGAUGCGGGCAGGGCAGGGUUGGUAACUCGUUGUGUUGUCGUAGACCUGGGAAUGAAAGAAGGGGUGGAAAGUGUCAUCAGGGCGGCGAAAGAGAUUUCCUCCGAGGAUAUUGACCAUCUCAUACUGAUAAACAAUGCUGCCUCUCUGGGAGACGUGUCGCGCUAUGCCCAGAGCUUCACCAACAUGGCGGAGGUGGACUCCUACCUGUCACUCAACGUAAGCUCCGCCCUCAGCCUGACAGCCGGCCUGCUGCAGGUGUUCCCACGACGACAGGGGCUGCGGCGCUGUGUAGUCAACGUGAGCUCGCUGUGUGCCCUGCAGCCCCUCCCCUCCUGGGUGCUGUACUGCACAGGCAAGGCAGCCCGAGACAUGAUGUUCCGUGUGCUGGCAGAGGAGGAGCCGGACCUCCGUGUACUCAACUAUUCCCCAGGUCCCCUGAACACGGACAUGCAGGUGGAGGCCAGGGACUGCACGGCAGACCCUGGCGUGAGGAAGUCCUUCUCAGUCAUGCUCUCCCAGGGUCAGCUGCUCACCUGUGAAGACUCCUGUGCUAAGCUAAUGAAGGUGCUGCUGGAGGAUGACUACCCCUCCGGAGCACACCUUGAUUUCUAUGAUCUGUAGGGAGAGAGGGGGGAACUAGAAGACACAGUGGGGCUCAGACUGGAGAUGAAUAUUUCUGGUGUAGGUACAAUUUUAUAGCCAGAACAACUGGUACUGGUUCAGAUUAGUUAGUUCGCUUCAAAGAUGGUUUUGGGUUAAUAAGAUCUGAUUCUAAACCUGUUUUGAGUGAACCUUUUACCGAAUCAGAAGGAAACAUGGAGAAGGAAGGUUGAAGAUGUUUCCGUCAUCCAAAGCCAUAGGCCUACUGUAGUUACUGAGUUUGGCAAACUAUCCUGAGUCCAUGUUAGGGCCUAACAUUCCAUCCCAUGACAGUACUGUUCUAAUUUGCCUUGGAACCUUUGGUACCAAAAUAGCAUAUAUUAAAGUACUUUAUCUCAAAAAGUUUACUGAACUCUAAACUGUGCAUUUUCUGAUCUGCCAUUUCCUAGUUGUUAGUGGUGCUGAUAUGCUUGUGUUUGUACGAAUGGUCACAGCCUAACAAAACCAAUGAAAUCAAGUAAAGGCUGCAACUUA